CUUAGCUAAAAUCAGUAUGUAUCAGAGAAUAAUAACUCUAAUGAGUAGUUGAGCUUCACUUUUCAACAAUGAUGCUGGUAGUUGGUACAAUUUAUUAAACCCUUCCUCUAAAUUAAAGAUCAUCUUUUGGUAGAGAGAACAUAUGAAUUUGAGUUAAGGCAACAACAAAAGAUACUAAACGCACUAUCUCACUGAUCUCAAUCAAUACCCGUCUUAACUUUGAUAGUGAAGAAGAUUUGAAGAAGAAUGAUGAAGAAGAAAAUGACAGCAGCGUUUCUUUUCUUCUACCUGAUCUUUUCUUGUUUGUUCAUAAGGAUUUCAGCCUGCGGUGAUGGACCUAGAGCCGGAGAGAUCAGUGGUGGGUCUGGUCACAAGUACAACCAUACUAAUGACAGCAGGAUUCCUACUCACGGCAGCAACACUACCAGCGGUGGACGUUCUGUCGGAGAGAGCAGCGGUGGGUUUGGCCAGAAAUACAACCAUACUAAAGACAGCAAGAUUGCUAUUCACGGCAGCAACAGUACCGGUGGUGGACGUAGUACCGGUGAGAGCAGCAGUGGGUUUGGCCAGAAAUACAACCAUACUAAUGACACCGGAGAGAGCAGCAGUGGGUUUGGCCAGAAAUACAACCAUACUAAUGACAGCAAGAUUGCCGUUCACACCAGCAACACCGCUGCCAGCAACAACUGUAGCAUUCAGAGCAGCAACAGUACUAGUACUGAUAGUCCUAGAUCUGGAAGCAUCAUGAUCAGGCAGCACAAGGGUACUGAUGCAUUCACUUUCUUUGUCACACUCACUGCAAUUAUCCUUGUUAUCUAUUGAUCAGUACUGAUGAUCUCUUAAGGUUCUCACUUCAGCUAUCUGAAUUAUCAACAGUGUUGUGGGUUGUUUAUAUGGCAUAAAAGGUGUUUAAUUAGGUACUUUAUUUAGGACGGUCAGUUAAUUGUUCAGCAUGGGUGGAAUUUUAGAUAAUCAAGUGUACUUGUGUUCUUCAAUAUAUGCUGAUACUUUUAUUAAUCCAAA